AUGGUUUUGUAUCGAUAUGGCGGUUUGGCACGAGCAGGAAAAGUCAAAGCUCAAACACCUCGUGUACCAAAAGAUGAAUCGUCUACCACACACAAGUACAAUGGAGGAAGAAAUAAGUUGAAACAACGAUCCAAGAAUAAUAGAAAAUAUAAGAGCGGAGCAAAUCGUUUAGAAGCUCUUGAAAAUCCAUCACCGAAUACAGAUACUGACCUCUCAAUCUCUUCCGAUCAGAAUGGUCAUUAUAUGCAACAAGCUCCACAUUACUUAUCUAAUAGUUUGCAUAAAUUUAAUACUAUUGAUGGAUUGAAUCGUUUGGAAUUCAAAUGGGCAAUCAUUCGCAACAAGAGAUUACACCUUAAAGCAGAAGCCUAUUACGAUCGAAACAACAAAAAUCAUAAAAAAUGGCAUAGAAAUCAUCCUCGAGAUGGCUUCUAUCAAUUCAGACAUGUUUUUGAAAAUGAUGAAGAGUAUACAAGUGAAGAAGAGAAUUAUAUUGAAGAGGUGGAUGACAGCAAUGGUUUUGAACUUAAUCAGCAAUAG